AUGCUCUACCCACUCCUCAUCGCGGUCAUGCUCUCCGCAAUCUUCAACACCGCCGCCGCGCGCAUGGUACCACCUUGGGCCAAAGACCUCCCCAACUACAAGCACCUCAACAAGAGCCCCCCAAAGAGCGCCGCCCGCGACCUCUCUCAGAAAGCUCCCCUCCACCCCACAUUCGACCCGCCGAGGUACAACCCACCACCACCACCAACCUACGCUUCUUCCCCGCCAGGAUACGUCGGCCCAGCUUCACCUACACCCACCCCCGAAUCAGAAUGUCCAUUCAUCUGCAUCGACGCCAUCAACGAAUGCGGCAUGCGCUACGGCGAUUGUCUCCCCGUCUGUCCCGGCGAGACGCCAGCUUUGACUCCACCUCCCUGUCCUUCUGCGACGGCUGAGGCGGUUCCUACGAGCUACCUUGUUUGA